AUGGUCAUGGAGGCAUCUCCCUCUCCACAAAGUGUCGGUCGUGAGUUCGUCCGACAGUAUUAUACAUUGCUGAAUCAGGCGCCUGCCCAUCUCCACAGGUUCUACAAUCAGCAUUCUUCCUUCGUGCACGGCGGAUUGGAUUCUAAUCGAGAGUGUACCCCGGCGAUCGGUCAAAAACAAAUACAUCAGAAGAUUCAACAACUGAACUUUCGCGAUUGCCAUGCCAAAAUAAGCCAAGUUGAUUCUCAGCUUACUCUUGAAAAUGGAGUUGUUGUCCAGGUAUCCGGAGAACUGUCUAACGCCGGACAACCAAUGCGUCGAUUUACUCAGACUUUCGUAUUGGCUGUGCAAGCACCCAAAACUUACUACGUGCACAAUGAUAUCUUCCGUUAUCAAGACUUGAUAUUCCCCGAUGAGGAUGAGGCUGACGUGAGUGCUGGGGAUAGUGGUGAGAGCGGUGAAAGAGAAGUAGAGGAAAUUGGUCGAUCUGAACCUGAGGAAGAUGAACAUCAAACUCAGGCGCAGCAACUGUCGGCUCCUGCUCAAGCUACUGAGCAGCAAGCUCAACCGCCUCUCAUUCCGACUCAGCAACCUCCAUUGCAGCAACAGCAGCCGAUGUAUUACGCUGCGCCACCUCAACCACACGUUCAUCCGGUGAUACAGCAAGUGUUGAACGGAACAGUGCACGAGGAGGUGAUCAAUCAACAAGCACCACAACAGCAACAGCAACAGCAGCAGCAGCAGCAGCAACAACAACAGCAGCAGCAACAGCAACAACAACCGCCACCACCACCUCCUGCACAGCAACAUCCAUAUAUAGCCGAACCAGCUGCUCAAUCUCAGUUUGUACAGGAGGCAGAGCUAAGCAAUGGCGAGCAGCCACAACAGCAAAGUGAGAACGAGCCACAGGCCCAGACAGAGGAGAGGAAUGAGCAGCCUGAGACAGAAGCAUUUACUGCAUCCGCACAAGAGACAGAACCCGAACAUCAGGUAUCUAGCGCUACUGUCAACAGCAGCGGACCCAAAACGUAUGCUAAUUUGGUAAAGUCUUUCCCAAGCGGUCCUACUGGUGCUACUAGUCCUCAAGCUCCUAAAUUAUCUAUGUCUCCGCCACCUAUGACGAAUCUACGUCUGGACGAUAGGUCGCCAUUACAUCCUACAAAUAACGGACCGACGUCUAUGUCUGUAUCCAAUAAUGUAUCUACAGUUCAGCAACAGGCGCAUCGAGUGGGCGGAAAUCAACCACCGCAACAACAGCAACAUCCUCAGCAGCAACGCGUUCCGAGAGGGGGAUUAGUUCAAAGAGAUGGAGAACGUCGUGGCACAAGACCAGGACAGUACAGUGACGCUCAUCAACUUUUCCUGGGCAACUUACCACACAAUGCCUCUGAAAAUGAUUUGCGUCAAGUAUUCGAACGUUAUGGUAGAGUUGCUGAGUUACGCGUGCAUAGUAAAUCGAAUGACAGAUGUAAACCGCAAGGAAAUAAUACCGCACGAGUACCUAAUUAUGGAUUUAUCACGUUCGAGGAUCAACAGGUUGUGACCAAGGUGUUAAAUUCCUUGCCCAUUUAUUAUCCUGACGAGAGUGGACAAAAAUUGAAUGUAGAGGAAAAGAAGGUGAGACCCAGGCCCAUGUUGGAUGGUAGUGGUGGCAGAUUGAACUCUGGCGAUGGUGGCAUGCGCUCCAUGGGUGGUCAACAGCAGCAACAGCAACAGCAACGUGGACCAGGCGGACCUGGAGGCGUAAUGAGAGGUGGACAGCACGGUGCACGAGGUGGCCGUGGUGGUUUUUCACGAGGCGGUGACGGCGGUAGGGGUGGCGGCAUGCGACAGCCAGGCAAUCCGAGUAAUCCCGGCUACCAAAAUCGUCGCUAAUACCGGCCAUACUACGCAACAGCCUCUUUCUAAUUUCGUCUAUACUGAAUAAAGUCACCGGUACCAUCACACAUCUGCCAUCUUCAUUUCAAGAAGCGGAAUCUAGGACUAUUUCGUAUGUCGCACGACCUCAUCACUGACGCCAAUCUCAUGCUUAAACGUCGCUUGCAACGUUCGUCAAGCAACAGCAACAACCGAUAUUAGUUGACGUAGCUCAAAAAAGAAUCGUAUGAAAUAUGAGCUCGAACAUGGAUGGCGUGCCAAUUGAAAUCUCGACCGAGGAUCACUUCUCACACGAGACUUUGAGCUUAGUGGUGUGUGUAUCUGAAAUCAUCGGUCAGGCGAUGAUCAUUGGUUCGAAUUCGUCCUUCGUACAUCGACAAUCGGGUAAUCCCGUAGGACUUUGCGACGCGAAGUACUCGUACGCAAUCAUAGACACAUACAUACACAAACACGUGCAACCGUGCGACAAGAAGAGCACAUAGGAGAACGUCGGAGUGUGGCAAAUUUUAGUGCAAAUGGAAAAAGGCAACGGAACGUGAUCUGAAAUCGGAGAAAUUGUGUCGGAACUCUUUGUGAGGCGAGUAGUGCGCAACAUUCGUCACUCCGCGCGUUUCCUCCGGCUCGCCAAAUCGCAGGACGAAAAGGCAGCGGAGCGAAUUCCGGUGCGCACACACACGCACACACACACACACACACACACACACACACACACACACACACACACACACACCACCACCACCACCACCACCACCACCACAUAACUAAGCGAGGGGCAACCAAGCGAGAGCGAAGCGAAUGAAGGAGUGUCGCUGUGACAUGCAUAAAUCUCAUACGCUUUUGAGUCGACUCAUCAACCGCUAACGAAAACGUCCCGUUGCCCCAAAUGAAGAAUCAGCGUAGAUAAAAAUCGCACGGAACAAAUCCCGACGAAACGACUACAGGAUCCCAAGACUGUGUCCCGGUUGCACGCGGCAGAAAAAAAAAAUAAAAGGAAAGGCGACAGUUUUUUUUCUUCUACGAUCUUCUCCUUUAUUUAUAUUGCCGAUCAUCGAUUGAUCGGUAUCGAUCGUAGACAGGACAAUGCUUUUAAACUGCAAUAACUGGUUUCGCCGUUUUUCCUUGCUCCAUCCGCAUAUAAGUAAACAAUCCUGGCCGCGUCUCGUUGCAGUUCGGAACUUUUUGUUCGUGCCUAUCUUAUUCCUGGUCUUACCUUCCUUCCCUAUCCCUUUUCUUCUAGAAACACAUCUUUCUGCGCUACUCUGUCCUCUCUCCUAAACUCUUUUUACCUAGCAUCUACCUCCCUUUCCCUUCACGUACAUACUUAUUACUUUCGUUUAGAUAAAGUUAAUAAGGAUCGCGCACGCGCAUGGUCUGACGUUGUAUCGCUCGAUCGCUAAUUAUCAGUUGGCAGCGUUUUCACGAGGGUCAAUAAUGUCUUCUGGUAAUCACAGAAUUCGCCAAGCAUUAAAUGUGAGCAUUAAAACUAUACACACAGUGCGAAAAUGCGUCCAACGUAGCGACAGAACAUUUUCGUGCUAUGUGAGUAACAACUUUUUCGGAAUAUAAUGUAUCAAUUUCUCUCGGGACAAUAUUAUCUGUUCACAUUUUUUUGACGAAGUACAUUCAUAUGUCGUAGACUGCUUAGAGUAUGAAGUGAAACAAGAGUUCUAGUCAGCAACGCUCACAAUGCAUGAGAAGAAUCCUGUGAUUAUUAGAGAUUGGGCGAUGUGUCUCUCCUGGCCUAUCAGCCUUCAUUCCUUUAUGAAACUAACGGAAUUUUGGAAGCGAAUGGUCUGAAAUUCGCGCGAUACUGUAGUAGAAAGUAACGUCAAGCAAAUUUUUAAUUUUCCCUUUUUAUGUUUUGAUGAAAAAAGGAU